AUGAAUGACAAUGUUGUGUGUUCUUCAAAUGAUAAGGGCUUGUUGCUAACUACUAAUCUCGACAUCACGAUAGAUGAGGGAUCUUUGCACAGUGAGCAACUACUUGAAGUUGAGGGCAAAGAGCUCGAGAAUGACUGUAAUCAAUUGUUUGAGAUUGAUGGAUGCGAACAUGAGAAUGGAAGGGAUGAAAAUGAAACGGCAGUAGUUGACAGUAAUAGUAGAGAAUCUCGAGGAAAAGACUUCCAGCCACCUGUUGUGGGAAUGGAGUUUGAAACUUAUGAUGAUGCCUACAACUAUUAUAACAGCUAUGCUAAAGAAAUUGGAUUUGCUAUACGGGUUAAAUCAUCUUGGGCCAAACGUAACAGUAAAGAGAAGCGUGGUGCUGUCUUGUGCUGUAACUGUGAGGGUUUCAAAACAAUUAAAGAAGCUAAUAGUCAUAGGAAAGAAACGCGAACAGGCUGUCUAGCAAUGAUUAGAUUGAGAUUAGUGGAAUCUAAUAGGUGGAGGGUUGAUGAAGUCAAGCUUGAGCAUAACCAUUCAUUUGAUCCCGAGAGAGCACAGAACUCUAAAUCACAUAAGAGGAUGGACAGUGGGGCCAAAAGAAAAUUUGAGCCAACUUUAGAUGUUGAAGUGCGGACAAUCAAGUUAUAUCGAAUGCCAAAUGUAGAUGCUUCUGGUUAUGGGAGCUCAAAUUCUAAUGAAGGAGGAACUAGCAACAAUGUUAUAUUUUCCAGGCGUUUGAAACUAAAAAAAGGUGAUGCAGAACUUAUUUCUAAUUACUUCUGUCAGGGUCAGCUGGUGAGUCCUAAUUUUUUCUAUGUGAUGGAUCUGAAUGAUGAUGGACAACUGAGGAACAUAUUUUGGAUUGAUUCUAGAUCUAGGUCAGCAUAUAGUUAUUUUGGUGAUGUGGUUGCAUUUGACACAACAUAUUUGUCAAACAAUUAUGAGAUUCCACUUGUUGCAUUUGUUGGUAUUAAUCACCAUGGACAAUCUAUUUUGCUAGGAUGUGGUCUGCUUGCAGAUGAGACAUUCGAUACGUAUAUUUGGUUAUUUAGGGCAUGGAUUACUUGUAUGUCUGGUCGCCCUCCACAAACUAUUGUUACAAACCAAUGUAAGACCCUGCGAAGUGCAAUAGCCGAGGUUUUCCCGAGGGCUCACCAUAGAAUUUGUCUAUUGCAAGUCAUGCAGAGUAUCUGUGGAUGUAUGGUGCAGUUUCAGGAAUAUGAGGCAUUUCAAAUGGCGCUAACAAAAGUGAUAUAUGACCCUAAAACAGUAGAUGAAUUUGAAAGGGAUUGGGAUGCCCUGACCCAACAUGUUAGAACAAGAAAUCAUGAAAAGCUUCAAAGCUUGCAUGAGGAACGAGAGCUCUGGGCUCCAGUAUACUCCAAGGACACAAUUUUUGCUGGAAUUUAUGAUUAUGAAAGCGGCGAGUCAGUGGUUCCCUUUUUCAAGGGUCACGUGCAUCAACAAACUUCGUUGAAAGAAUUUUUUGAGAUUUAUGAAUUAGUUCAACAAAAGAAGCAAAACACUGAAGCUCUUGAUGAUUUGGAGUCACACAAUUCAAGCCCAUUACUGAAAACAAGAUGCUUCUACGAGCUGCAACUCUCUAAAUUAUACACAAAUGCAAUAUUCAGGAAGUUCCAAGAUGAGGUGGUGAUGAUGUCCUCCUGUUUCUGCAUCUCACAAAUUCAAACAAAUGAGUCGAUAGUGACAUACAUGGUAAAAGAACAUCAAGUGGAAGAAUCUGUAAGAGAUGAUAGGCAUUUUGAAGUCAUGUAUGAUAAAGCGGUAGCUGAAGUACGUUGCAUUUGUAGUUGCUUUAACUUCAAAGGCUACCUAUGCAGGCAUGCUUUGUAUAUCCUUAAUUACAAUGGGGUGGAGGAAAUUCCAUGUCAAUAUAUUUUGUCAAGAUGGAGGAAAGAUUGUAAGCGAUUGUAUGUAUCACAUCUCAGGUCAGACGAUGUUGAUAUUACCAACCCAGUUCAGUGUUUUGAUCAUUUAUACAGACGUGCUAUGCAAGUAGUUGAAGAAGGCAUGAUAUCUCAAAACCAUUAUAUGGCUUCUUGGCAGGCAUUUAAAGAGUCUUUGAAUAAGAUUCGUUGUGUAGCAGACAAGAUUGAAUAA